AGGAAACCCUAAAUUCGAGAACUGGGGUAUGAAUGUGCAGACCAACGAGGAGUGACUUCUUUUUGCUUCGCAAUCCUCCUCGCCGUGACCAGGCGCUGCUCCCCCUUUCCCCCUCGUCAACAAUGGUUAAGUAUGCGAGGGAUCCGGAUAAUUCGACCAAGGGUAGGUCUUUCUGCCUGCAAGGCCAGAGGGUCGGAUUUGCGAGUGCACUUCAAGAACACUAGGGAGGCAGCGCAAGCCAUAAAGCAUAUGGAGUUGGCGAAGGCCAAGCGGUAUCUUGAGGAUGUGUGUGCCCACAAGCAAGCUAUUCCCUUCCGCAGGUUUUGUGGUGGCGUUGGGCGUACUGCUCAGGCUAAGGCACGCCACUCCAACGGACAGGGGCGUUGGCCCGUGAAGUCUGCUACCUUCUUGCUUGGUUUGCUGAAGAAUGCCGAGAGCAACGCAGAGGUGAAGGGUCUUGAUGUAGACACUCUCGUAGUCUCUCACAUUCAAGUUAACCAGGCGCAGAAGCAGCGCAGACGUACUUACCGUGCCCACGGACGUAUCAACCCUUACAUGUCCUCUCCUUGCCACAUUGAGCUGAUCCUUUCUGAGAAGGAAGCGCCAGUGAAGAAAGAGGCAGAAGAAGCUGCUGCACCAGAGGCUCACAGGAAAAAGCAAGCACGUCUUCGCAGUGGCGCUACAUCCACGGUUGCGUAGAUUGCUUUUUCGUAAUCAUAGUUCCACAACACGAUUUUUUGAGUGCUCGAAUUUUUUACUCAAGCUUGGAUUAGUAAAGUUUUCCGAGCCUCAACUCAUUUUGCGGUCUGAUUUGAGAUGUUUUUUCAACUUGAUUUCCUGCAUCACUUUUGACGA